UCGAAUUUCAAAAAUAUUUGAUUUAUGGCACCUUUUUAAAAUGCAAGUUUGAGAAUACAAGUUUAUCAAAUAAUUACUUUAAUAAUUUUUUGGUCUUGUGCUGAUUUUGACUAAACAUUGUUCCUCUUCGGCUUUGAAUCCGAGGUGUGAUAAAAAGGAUGCUUAUCUUCUUCUACAGUACUUGGAGCAGUCGCAGUAAACGUCAGUUGUAUAAAACACAUGAAUGAAUGAACGUGCGGAAAUAGGAUGUGUAGUGAUGCAGGUUAUAUAUAGUAUAUGCAUUCGUGGCAAAGUAGUUUUAUAAUUUUAUGUGGAUAUUGUCAUUUUUAUACGCAGCUAAGCAAUAAUAUAGUAUUCGCUUAUGUACCCUAAUCCUAACAUACUGGAUAGUUAAGUGUAUCAGUUUUACGGAUUUUACACUAUUCUAUAUAAAGUGCAACUUAAAUAUGGAUAAUGCACAGUUAAAAAAAUGUUUAUCUGACGAUACUGUAUUUAAUCUAAUCAAUAAAAUGUUUAUAACAUUACAAGAUAGUGAGGUAAAGAGAAAUAAUGUGUAUCUAGAGCUGGUAGUUAAAACAUUAAUAGAAAGAAUGAAAUCAAAGGAUUCAUUGUUUGAAAAAGCAUAUAAAGAAAUUAUUUUUUGUGGUAGUUUUUAUAAAGGUACAAAAGUAGGCCAUCCAAAUGAAUUUGAUUUAAAUAUUAUUUUAAAACUUCCAAUUAUCUGUGAUUCUAUAAAUUUUAGUCAAGUAGAGCCAGCUUUCAUUCAAAUACUUGUAAAACAAAAUUCAUUUGCAUCAGACUAUAAUAAUCUUUCAAAUAAAGAGCAAAGGUUACUCAGAACAUUUAUGUAUAAUGACUUUCUAAACCCAGAUAAAUUUCGUCAAUGGGUUGAAGGAAUUAUAAGUAAAGUUAUUAGUGAACUACCAAGAGUUGGAGAUAAACAUUGCUUAGAAGUAAAAAAUGUUUCUGCUAAUUUUACUACAAGAAUUAAAGUAAAAAAAAGUGGUCCAGCAUUUACAUUGAUGUUAAAUAUCCCACAAGAAAAUGAUGAAAUACACGUUGAUUUAGUUCCUGCAUUAGCUUUUAAUAUACAUUUACUUAAUGGAUAUCUUAAAAAAUUAACUGAACUUCAUGGAUAUCAAAAUAAAACAUGUUAUGCAAUUCCACUACCUUUAAAAGAUAUUAAUUCUGAUGCAACUCGUUGGAGACUUUCUUUUUGCAAUCAAGAAAAAGAACUUCUUUCGAAGUAUGGCCGAAUAAAGCCUAUUAUACGUCAAAUGAAGAAAUUGAGAGACAUGCAGAACUGGAAAAGCAUAGCCAGUUAUUUCAUUGAAACAUUAUUUUUAAACACAUUAAACAAAUUAGAAAUGGAUUUAGACAAAAUACCUUCAACAUUACUUUUCUACAUGAUGCUUAAAGAACUACGCCAGGCUUGUCAACAACACAAAAUACCAUUUUUUUGGGAUGAAAGAUAUAAUUUAUUAGGAAAAAUUCAAGACAUCGAAAUGUUUAAUAUUUUUUCACGUCUGAAUAACAUUAUAAAAAUUAUUGAAAUAAAUAUAAUGACAAACAAAUUUAUAUUAGCUGAAUAUAUUUUAACCAAACAUGAAAUGGAAUUGCUGAUUGCUAAACAAAAUUCACCUGCUUACAGUUCUUCAAGUAAAGAAGACGAACCACAGGAAAAUGGUUGGAGCUGUAUAAUAUUAUGACUUGAUUUUAUAGAUUGUAAUUUUUUUUUUUUUAUUAGUGACAUCAAGGAGUAGGUAAAGCUUACAUUACCUAUUUUAUCAGUUGUUUGUUUAUGAAAUAAUGUUAGUUUUAUAUUAAAAUGAUAAUUUUUGUAUCGAAAUUUUAACUAUUAUAUUUAACAAUUCAGGUAUCAUAAACUACUAAAAGUAUAUUGUAAUAAUUUUAUAUAUUUUGAUAAAAUGGUUUUCUAAUGAAUACUUAGAAUUAUAAAUGUAAUAAUGAUCACAUGCAUCUUUCCUAGGUAAAAUAGAAUUAUAUACUCUAAAUAUUGAAUAGAAAACAUCAUUAAAAAAGUUACUGAUGUAACAUA